AGGGUCAAGUCCUGACGGAUACAAUGUCGGACUGAAUCUUCUCGAGUCACCAAGAUAACAUUUAUUUUCCACACAAGAACGGAACCACCAGUCCUACUCAAGCAGCGUGAAGCUAUAUUUAUUUAUUUAUUGAUUGAUUUCUUUUUGCAUUAGGACGAAGCUACAAACUCUUUUAAAGCGGGUUUGUGAGUUUCUUCGUGCGAUUACAUCAAUGUUGCUAAGUUAAUACUUUGUUUGAGGUGUGCGAGGAAUGGAACCAGCUUUGAUCUCGGCAUCAAUAGCAUUUCUUAAGCUCCACAAUCCGGACCUGCACAGACGCAUCACAGCAGGAUUCAGGAAUACGAACAGUAAGAACUCUGGCUUUCUGGUUACGGGCUGUGGACCUUCCGACUUCCAGCGCCGUGCUUCUAGUAAGAGCUUCUUUCUUUUGAUCUGGCUCCAGUCGGUACCAGGCAUUGGUCUCGGUGCUUCCCUGCGUGUGGGUGUCUGCUCUCCUCACAGAAAGAGAUCUGUCCCGUCCUCGGAUUUCUAAACAAUCUCCAGACCCCGAGACACCAAAGGGGAAGGGUGCCUGCUCCCCCUGGCUAUCCAGCCGUGUUGUCUCCAGCACCAAUUGAAAACACACUCUUUAUAGGGAACCACAAAAUGCGCGCAGGUGAACCCGCUGGACAGGCGACAGGAGACAGAGGGCUGUACUUCGCUCGCUUGGCUACGCCUUCUCUGGAACCCUUUGAAGCUGGUUAAAAUUACCCAGCCAGAACGAGGCGGCGGUGGAAUGGAUUAAAAUGAAUCGAGUGUGUGCAUUGACGGUCUGCGAGCCACGCGAUUGGUCCAGCGCUCCAUAGCGAUGCCCCUCCGCGCGUCUCAUGAAUAAAAGAACAGGCUGGGAGCCUAUCGGAGCGCAGCGCUCCCUCCUCCACACAGUGAGCCAAAGUUGGCCCCUUCAACAACUCUCAAGCUCCAAGCAGACUUUGCUAUCAAAAACUACCAGACCUUUUAGUAAAACACAGCAAAGAAUUGAAUAACCUUUGCCCAACGUCUGUUUGAGUCCUAGAUACAUUCCCACACACGCACACGGACUCGCACUGCACACUGUAAAGAGCCAUGCUCCUUGUUGCAUUUCGACUUUAAAAAAGCCGACAUUUUCUUUCUUUCUUUCUUUUUCUCUUUCUUUAUUUCUUUAUUUCAAUCAUUGACUUUUCUUCCUUUGUGUUUUUGUAUUGGUUUUUGCAUUUCAAGUGUGUGCAUCUGGCUGGAUCUUUUUUCUAGGGGGGAGUUGGUUUUGACAGAAGACGCUGCCUAAUAAUUUGACACUAUCUAUAUUGUUAAGCAGUCACCAGUCUGGACUUGUUUGCGGCCAAAAGAACUUUGCAAUAUUUCCGCCUGCUUGUUAUUGACUAUACGGUAUGGCAAGUUUAGCAGGCACAGUUCCGAGAAUGAUGCGACCCGCGCCGGGCCAGAAUUACCCCCGUACUGGAUUUCCAUUGGAAGUCUCCACUCCUUUGGGCCAAGGACGAGUGAACCAGCUCGGCGGGGUAUUUAUCAAUGGCAGGCCGCUGCCAAAUCACAUCCGCCACAAGAUAGUGGAGAUGGCUCACCACGGCAUCCGGCCCUGUGUGAUCUCCAGACAGCUGCGAGUUUCUCACGGGUGUGUGUCCAAGAUCCUGUGCCGGUACCAAGAGACCGGCUCGAUCCGUCCCGGAGCCAUCGGGGGAAGCAAGCCCAGGCAGGUAGCAACUCCCGACGUGGAGAAGAGGAUAGAAGAAUAUAAGCGAGAGAAUCCGGGCAUGUUUAGCUGGGAAAUCCGAGACAAGCUCCUGAAAGACGGGGUGUGUGACAGAGGCACAGUGCCUUCAGUGAGUUCCAUAAGCCGGGUCUUAAGAGCCCGGUUUGGAAAGAAAGAAGACGAGGAUGAGUGUGAUAAGAAGGAUGAAGAUGGAGAAAAGAAAACCAAACACAGCAUUGACGGUAUCCUUGGAGACAAAGGUACCCGCAUGGACGAGGGCUCGGACGUGGAGUCGGAGCCGGACCUGCCCCUCAAGAGGAAGCAGCGGCGCAGCCGCACCACCUUCACCGCGGAGCAGCUGGACGAGCUGGAGAAGGCCUUUGAGAGGACGCACUACCCUGACAUCUACACCCGAGAGGAGCUGGCUCAGCGGACCAAGCUGACCGAGGCCCGCGUGCAGGUGUGGUUCAGUAACCGCAGGGCCAGGUGGCGCAAGCAGGCUGGUGCCAAUCAGCUGGCAGCCUUUAAUCACCUGUUACCAGGAGGAUUCGCACACACCGGAAUGCCAACCUUGCCAACAUACCAGCUUCCCGAGUCCAGCUACCCCACCUUAUCCCAGGAUGGCAGCAGCGGCACAGUGCACCGGCCGCAGCCGCUCCCCCCCUCCUCCAUGCACCAGGGGGGUCUCACCGGAGACAGCGGCUCUGCCUACGGGCUUGCGUCCAACCGGCACGGCUUCUCCAGCUACUCGGAGAGCUUCAUGAACCCAUCGCCGUCCAGCAACCACAUGAACACAGUCAGCAACGGACUGUCGCCACAGGUGAUGAGUAUUCUGAGUAACCCCAGCGGUGUGCCCCACCAGUCCCAGCACGACUUCUCCAUCUCGCCCCUCCACGGGAGCCUGGACUCCUCCAACGCCAUCUCUGCCAGCUGCAGCCAGCGCUCGGAGUCCCUCAAGGGGGUGGACAGUCUGCCCACAUCGCAGUCCUACUGCCCACCCACCUACAGCACCACCGGCUACAGCGUGGACCCCGUCACCGCCGGAUACCAGUACAGCCAGUACGGACAGACUGCGGUGGACUACUUGGCUAAGAACGUGAGCUUGUCUACGCAGAGGAGGAUGAAGUUGGGGGAUCACUCGGCCGUCCUGGGGCUGCUGCAGGUGGAAACAGGACAAGCCUACUGAACCAGGAGGAGUCCGGCAGCACACCCCUCCAUCCCACCAGCCCCCCCUCUCACACUUCAACACUCAUUCCAACACAGAGCUCUCUCUCUGUGCGCGAGCGAGCGAGCGUCUCGUCUGUGCGUCAAAAACGAAGGCACCCCCCCACGCAGCGACAACUAAGAGACGCAGAGAAUCUACCACCAAAACAUUACUGGAGACCGACAAAGACAGCACAAGAGCUCAUUUUGAAUCUUAAUCUUAACUUGCUGUUUUAUAGUAAUUAUUAUUGUUGUUGUUAUUAAUAUUUUUUUGUUUUUUUUUUAUUCGUAGAUUUUUUUUUUUGGUUGUUGUAAAUGUUAACAGGUAGUUGUUUGAAAGAGAUUGUGUAAAUGGUUUAUUCUGAUUGGAUGGAAGAGACUUCAGAAUACUGUAUCGAUGUAGAGAGACAAUCUCUGCGGUUGCUGUAGGAACCCGUAGAUGAUCAAAUAAAAAAAGGAGAAUCUUACAAGUUAACAUUCCAAAAUAACUCAAACCAACAGGCGUGGGACGUUUAGCUGUGAAAAUAAAACUAAUCGGCCACAGUCAAACACCAUACAGAGUGCUCCUUCUGAAGCGUUCAGAGAAGAGGAAAAUUGAGACAAUAAUAAAAAAAAGGUUCUUCAAUUGAACACUUGUUUUUUUCCCCAUAACAAGACCAAGCUUAGGUUUCCUUUUCCAGAUUGAGUUUGUCAUUUUCGUAAACUCUCUUUGCCUCGACACCUCUAAAGAAGGAGAUGCAGAAAAAUCUAUAUCUGCACGAAGGGACCAUGUGGCUCCAGCUACUGUGAUGCCUGUGGCACAGUAAAACAUCCCAGUAGGACAGGAUUUAUACCACUCCACUGGAGUUAGUGUGUGUGUUUAAAGAGGGGAUUAACUCUGAUGCUGAGAAUUUAAAAGACUCUCUAAGGGUGCUGCUGUCAUAUAUAUAUAUAAAAAUCUAAUAAAAAGAACAGCGUGGUUGCUUUGAAGAACUUGGUUUAGUUGCAGAACCCUGUGUCUCUCUUGGACUUUCCUGUCUUUUAGCAUCAGGGUUGCCUGAGUUUACUGUCUCAGCUCUUUGAUUUCCGGCAGUACGCAUUCACAGAUGUAAAAAGAAACACCUUUUAAUAGCAAAUAUCGAACAUUUUUGUGUAGCACUCCUCCUAGUUAAUCUUGGACACCCUCGAUAUAGUCGCAUAUACAGUUCAUUGUACAGCGGACAUAAACGUGAUUGUGUGUUGUAUGUUUCUGAAGAGCAUAUGUUUUAUACUAAAACAAAGCGUGCAGUGGUAGAUUGAAAGGGAGAUCAAUGAUGUGCUUUUAAUUUACAUUCCUUUAUAAUAUGUUUAUUUUUUUUAAAAACUGCGUUAAUGUGUUAGAAAAAAAAAAAAUUGCAACCUGACAGAUUGUAUCGCUUUUGCUCACUGGAAAAAAAAAUCAUUUAAAAUUAUUAUUAUUAUUUUUUAAAUAAACAAACAAACACCCACCUCAUUCAUCCAUGCAAUAUGGACACAUCUACAAUGGAUAAAGUGACUGAGGACCAUUCCAUUUGAAAGUGUUUUGAGUUUACAUUUUUGCAGUUACUACUGGAAGCAAAGCUCCAUUAUUGUGGUUCGAUAUGCCAAUGUGACAUUCCAGGCACACGUGACCAGGCUGCCUCAGCCUCUUCUAUCCUCAGCUGAAGCUCGGCUGGAGGCAGGACCAAUGACAAUGCCUCUUCACGGCAUGGGAGAGCUGAAGCCUCAGACAUUUUCUCCAGUUUCUCAACAAAAACAAAUCGGUCUUCUUCAGCCAGGAACUUUGCAGGCGCAUGCGUGUGCGCGCGCGCUCGGCUGAGAACUGCGACAGGAGGAUUUGAGGUAUCUUCAGGAUUAACAAGAAAAAAGAUAAACUUUCUCUCCUCCUUCGCCAAAACAGAUCUUUCAAGACUUUGUGUAUUUAAAAAAAAAAAAAAAAAAAAAAAAAAUUCUAGUGUAUAACACCCAUUUCUAACACUUGCAUUUAUCGACGUUGAGAUAUUUAUAGCACUAUAUGACCCCCCCACCCCCCCGUUCUUCCCUGACCUGACCCCCCCCCCAGCCCCCAGCCCCCAGCCCCCAGCCCGAACCCGUUGACUUGCUGUUUUGUUGCACCUGUGUUUUGCUUUAUUACAUUUCUGUUCAGCAUGUGUGUAUAUUAUCAUGGCAUAAUUUAUUCUGCUGUAUGAAGUAUUAGCGUAGUGGGAACUUGUAUCAGCAUUUACUACCUGCAGCCUGUUGGUGUCUUACCUGUAACACUGGCGUAACUGUUAUCCAUUAAAGCUCUAAAAACGAA